ACAUCCUAAAAUAAUAAUAAAUAAAUAUAAUAAAUAAAUAUAUAAAUAUACGUAAUAUCUAAUAUCUAAAGUCCUUCCUCUGAAUUCAUUUAAAUAAAAGUACAUUUCAUCUUCAACCGGCUGCAGGAAACCUGGCUGCAGUGAUUCUGUGAGUUUAGAAUAAACAUAUAAAUAUGCUAAGUGCGUAUCCUUCCUCAAAGCCUCGUCGUUGUGUAUCUAAUGUACUUGACAGUCUUUCGAGGACCCGGACCCUCGGAUCCGGACCCGGGAGGCCGAUCCGGAUCCGCAGAGCUCAGAGGCCUCACAGCCGGAGCUGGCUGCUGCCCGAUGCCACGCCCCCUUCUCUGACACUUCUCUGAGUUUCCUUAUGAAAUAAAGCUUAAACAAAUGUUUCUCAAACGUCGUUUCACGCGCGUCUUCGCCGCCGUGACUGCGUGCGCGCGCUGCGCCAUGCGGCAAAAGAUGCGCGUGCGGCCGCCGCGGCGCGGAGGCCCCGUGGGGCUUAAUGAGGGGGGUGUGAGGCUCUCAUAAGCAAAAGGAGCUUAAAAUGAACAAAAGUAUCGUUUCCCAAACAUCAAAGUGGGCCGUGUUCACAUUUUACAUUACAGGGGUGCACGUGCGAUGCGCGUGCGUGCUGCUUUUUGGGGUAAAAUCGAUGAAACUCGGCUGCCUCUGAAUAUUCAAAUUGAAAGUAACGCGCAAUCAAAUCAUUGUCAAAUCAUUGAGUUCUAGGGGUUUUAAAUAGUAGGCAUGGAGGCAGAAAAAGCCAAACUAACAUGUCCACAGCUAUAUUACUAUAUUGUUGGAGGCUCUGGCUCGGCCCGGACCCGCUUCACCACGCGCUUUUGGACACUUUUGGACAAAUUUGGUUGUUGGCCGUUGGAGCUGAGCAGCAGCAGCAGGACGGUGCGCAGCCCGCCGCGCGCAGCCAUCAUGUCUGACAAGCCGAGGGUGUACCAGGGCGUCCGGGUGAGGACCACCGUCAAGGAGCUGCUGCAGCGGCUGCGGGCCCGGGAGGACCGCGGCGGGGCGGCCAAGACGAUAUCCCAGGCGUGCGCGGAUCUUCAGGGUCUCUGCUCGUCCACGUGUCCAGUUCGUCACGUAGCCCCGCCCCCUCCUCUUCCCGCCGCGGCGCCGAGCUGCGGAGCGCGCGCCGCCUUCCAGCUGGACAGCGCGUGCGACCCCCAGAUGCAGAGCAGCGGCUUCCACGACAUCCAGCAGCAGUUUGGGGACAUGAUGUUGCCCAGCAACGGCUACGAUGGCGGCCACAACCACAACAACCACCACAACCAGCACCACAGCGGCUACAGCGCGUGCCUGCCCCCGCCUCCCGCCUUCCCGCUGCCGGGCUUCCAGGGACUCUCCUCUGACGCGGACUACUAUGGCCCCGGGAUGGCUCCCUGCUCCUCGCCAGAGCUGCUGACGCUCUGCAACCCGGCGAACCACAGCAGCGACUCGCCGCAGGACUCUUUCUCCUCCUCCUCCUCCUCCUCCUGCUACGACUCCCCCACCAGGAUGGAGUCCGGCUACCCCGCCGGCCUCCCCUGCGAGCGCUUCCACCACCAGCACUGCGGCCUCCAGGACUGCUGGCCGGGCCCUCAGGAGAGCUUCUCGGCCCCCGAAUACGGACCUUACUUCCCCCCCACAGACUAUGAGUACGCCUGCCCCGUGGAGGGGGACUACUUUAGGAGGGACUCGCAGAUGAGCUCCGAGAUGUGCUACAACGUUCUCUGAUGAGAGCUCCUGUAAAUACUGCUCCGCCCACUCGGUGUCCACGGCCGGCUUCCCGCGUCGGGGCGAACGGACACGAUGAACGCAGAGGCACAUAUUUUUGUAUUAAUGACCACUUUUUUUUUUUUACUUCCAAGAUUUAUUUUCUUACAUAUGUUGUUGUACUGAAUACAAAAAAUGGGUUUAAAAAAACUUUUUUCUUUUUACGGAGUCCUAAAGCAGAGACGUUUAUA